AGAUAGCACUGUCCAUUUCUCUUUCUCUCUCAGCUAUCAGAGUACCAGUGACACUUCCUCUCCUUUUCUCGCCUGGCGUCAUUUUUGGGCUCUUUUCUUAACACAGUGAAGUUGGGUUUUAGACUUUUAGACUUUCUCACUAUUGUUUUAUUGUGAAAUUAUCACAAAUUUACUACCAUAAAGUAUAUUUUAAUGGAACUUGACUUCACUGGAAUUGCGCUUUUGAUGGUCUAUAAGCUUCAUUUUAGCUGUCUCCUCGGCAAAACUUUUUGCAUUUCACGGAGCACAUAAAAAGCAAUUGAUGUGCUCCUUUUGCAUUCUUCAUCUGCAUAUUGUUCUUUCAAUCUUUUUCUGAUCCGUUUCUCUCUUCAUUAGCUGUUUCAAAUUGAUAGAAAACCAUGAGGGUUUCCUUUUUCCUGCUCUCUCUCCUCGCCCUCUUCAGUCUUUCUCUUCACCUUCAAGUCUUUGCUGCUGCUCCAGCUGGGCCUCUAAUAAAGCACUUGAGUUCUCUGUUCAAAUUGACUAGCAGGACUUCUUCCUCCAAGGUUCCCCAAUCAGAAGGUGGGAAUGUACUUCAAUUUGAAGACGGGUACUUGGUUGAAACUGUGGUCCGAGGAAAUGAACUUGGGGUUGUGCCUUACAAGAUUCGUGUCUCACAGGAUGGUGAACUAGUUGCAGUGGACGCUUCUCGGAACAACAUUGUUAAGAUUACUCCCCCGUUGUCCCAAUAUUGUAGGGCAAGAUUGGUUGCUGGUUCAUUUAAGGGUCAUAAAGGACAUGUUGAUGGGAAACCAAGUGAAGCCCGUUUCAAUAAUCCAAGAGGAGUUGUCAUGGAUGAUAAAGGGAAUGUCUAUGUUGCUGAUACAUCAAAUCUUGCCAUAAGAAAGAUAGGAGAAUCGGGUGUGACAACGAUUGCUGGAGGGAAGUCCCACAGCGCAGGGUAUAGAGAUGGGCCAAGUGAUGAAGCCCAAUUCUCAAAUGACUUUGAUGUGGUUUAUGUCCAGCAAACGUGUUCAUUGUUGAUUGUUGAUAGAGGAAAUGCAGCAAUAAGGCAAAUCUCUCUUUAUCAAGAGGAUUGUGACUACGAGCAAAGUUCCGUCUCAACCAUAGAUAUUUUUAUGGUCAUAGGUGCUGUAGUGAUAGGGUAUGCUGUAUGCAUGCUUCAGCAGGGAUUUGGCUCUACAAUUUUCUCGACUCUGGGAAAUGCAGUAGGCAGGGAAGACAAAAAACUGAUCAGGAGGGAGAAGGUGUCUCCUGUUGUUGAAAUGGGAAAGGGAGACAAUGAAGUAGUGGCUGGAUGGCCAUCUUUUGGGCAGCUCAUUUGGGAUUUGGCCAAUCUCUCACUUGAAGCCGUGUCUUUCAUUUUCACCCUUCUUAAUCCACUGCAAUUCAGGAGCACUAGAGUCGGCAGUGGCCUCACUCCACUUAAAGAUUCUCUCAUCAUGCCAGAAGACGAAGAAGUAGAAGAUAAUCAGGAACGGAGAGUUUCUGCCCCAGUUUCUGAGAUCACCACUAGGCCGGUUCACCCUCAAAGUGUGGUCAACAGUAAUAAUCUGUAUAAAGAGGUUAAGACCCACAAACAUAGAUCUUCUAGUUCGAUAGAGUCACCACAGUCAACCAGGCUGCACCGAUCUACCAGGCACCAUGACUACCAAGCAUACUAUGCAUCAUCAACAAGCACUGAGGAUGCUCAGCCUUCCUAUCAGCCUGAAAUGAGGUCUAAAAGUCAGGGGGAUAAGGUAAAACAUCGCCGUCCAGAGAAAAGUGCACGCACUGGGAUGGAUCCCAAGUAUACUGGAACAAAGGGCCUAAACCCUGCUUUGGUUGAAACUGCCAGGUCUGAGCAAUACUAUAUCAGGAACAACAACCCACCCAGAUAUCAGUAGAGUACAAACCCUCCAUUUGCAUUCCCUAUACAAAGUUGUGAGCAUUCUAAUGCCAGAACAAGUAUAGUGGUGAAUCUCCUACUAACUUUGCUGUGUAACGAAGGACAAAUAUAUCAUAUGGCUCAGAAGUACCAAUUACCCGACUUGGCAUCUUCAUUUUCACAUAUCGUUUGUAGCUCCUAGAUGUGUGUUUUUUGUUUUGUUUAUUUAUUCAAAUCGUCUUACAUACUCCUUUUCCUUUAAAAUUAUUUCACACAGAAAGGCUUGACCAAAUAAUUCAAGAAUGAUUUGUCAAACACCCAUCCAAACAAACAAUCAUCAAAUUGAAUUGAAACCAGAUAGAGUAUACUUGUAAACACAUGUUCUGUCCUGGUUGCUGCCUGCUCAGUCGCUACUAUAUGAUUCUCUUCUAGCCUUUUUGCCUGGCUAAUGAAUACUCUAAUGUGUUUGAGUUUUC